AUGGAUACAGCUUCUCAAUCAGGCAGCAUGAGUAACUGGAGUUGCUCACAAGGCAGCCAUACAAAGGGAGACCUUCUCCAAAUACAAGAAAUGAAGCUUCAGAAUGAACAGCUUCGUCAAAUCAUUCAUCAACUUCAAACCAACCUUGAUACUACAAACGAUCAGCUUGCACAGGCUCUUGAAACAGCAUCAACGGUUAAUGGACUCCAUGAUGAAAUCACCAACCUUAAGCUUCAGCUCCAAAAGGCAACCGAAAACGGUGAUAGAACAAGAUCUACCCUUAAAUCACAGAUUAUUGAUUUAACAAACAGAGCAGAGGAAGAAAGAAUCCGCCUUAACUCCCAAAUUGAAAAACAAUCAAAGGAACUUGCCCGCGCUAAGAAGAGCGCAGCUGAUAAUGGAAAGGAACGUGAUUUACUUGCAGAAGAACUUUCUAAUGUUAAGAACGAACUCAAGAUCUGCUUAGAAAAGAACAAUAAAUUAACGAAGAUCCAAGCCAAAGGUAAGGAUAAGAUCCAGAAGCUUAAUGAACAGCUUGACCAAUUAGCACAGAAGUAUGCAGAUCUUAACACAGCUCAGGAGCAAUUAGCCCUUGAAAAUAAGGGCCAAUCCGAGAAGAUUGCUGCUCUUGAGGAAGAAAUCCAAAAGCAGAAGAGCCAAAAUGCUUCUCUUACAGAUUCCCUCAAGGCAAAGUCCGACGAAUGCACAGAUUUGCAUGCAGCUAUUGACCAUCUUCAGGAGCAAUAUAAUGUUCAGAAGAAUGACUUCGAACAGCUCUCUGAUGAACGUGAAAAGCUUUUCACAUUAGUCCAGAAGCUUAACAAUGCAACAGCUGAAUACGAACAAGAGAUCGAGUCUCUUAAGGCUGAUAACAGCGCAUUAGCUGCAAAGGCUAAGAAGGCCACAGCUUUAACAGCUCGUCUCUUCGAAGAUAAUUUCGAUAUCAAGGCCAUCAAGUAUCCAUUCGAUGAGGAGCUUACAGAACGCAUCAACAAGAUCCUUGCUUUCGAUCACUUCCAGUCUACACAGAAGAUCCAGCUCAUCAUCAACGAAUGCGCAAAGGAUCUCAACAAACUCCGUGAAGACAACGAAGCGCUCGAAGCUGAUAAUGCUGAGAAGCUCAAUGAUUCCGAAGAAAUCAGAUCCAAGUUCACAGAAACUUACAAUCUCCUUCUCUCUAUCAUGCGCGAGUGGAAGAACCUCGAAUGCAACGAACAGAAGAUCGAUGCUAUUGCUUUCUGCACAGCUGAUGAAGGAUUCCUUAAGUUCCUUGCUGAAGAAGGCUUCAAGCUUGAAAAUCUUAACGAAUGCUUAAAGUUCCUUGGUCCACUCUUUGUUCCACAAGAAUUAUUCGAACCAGGAGAGGAAUGCUUCGAGAGACGUAAGGCUCUUGUCGACAAGAUUGCUGAAGAAGAUAAGGAUCUUGCCGCACUCAUUGCCGCUCUCUUCCUCAUCAACGAACGCCUGAAGAAGCAGAUCGAUGUCCUCGUCGAUAGCGCUGACCAGAAGGAGUCAAUCAACAACUCCCUCAAGCAGCUCGGAAUCGAGAACAUCUCUACUGCUCCAGAGCUCUUCGAUGCACUUCAGAAGAAGCUCCAGCACCUCAAGGAUACACGCAGAGAGAUCCACAUGGCUCUUGUCGCUGCUAGAAACGAGCUCAACAGCAAGACACAACAGGAAGAGCAGUACAAGAAGCAGAUUGAAGAUCUCAAGUCUCAGAUUACAAAUCUCAAGAACGAAAACGAGAACCUCAAGAACUCUGUUGAGCUUUACCAAGACAGAAUUCUCAAGGACGAACAAGACAAGAUCGACAGAAUCAAGAAGACAGUUCCAACAACAACAGAGAAGAAGACAAACCCAAUUAAACUCGACACAUCUUCUUCUGCAUCAGCUUCUGUCAUUGAAGCUCCAAAGACUCCAUCUGUUGCUUCUAUUGCUUCAAGAGAUUCAUCAGAUGAAGUAUGCCAGGCAGUCAAGAGCAUGCAGAAGGCCCUUCAAGAAAAGGUUGCCGAAAACGAGCAGCUCAGAACAGAACUUGCACAGCUCAAGGAAAAUUCACAGGCAGAAAUCGAAGAAAUGCACAAGAAGCAUGAGAAGGCAGAGUUAGUUCUUUACAACCAAGUCCACGAGCUCCAGGAUGCCCUUGAUGCUACAUCAAAGAAGCUUUCACAAACAAGAAAGAAAGCUAAAUCUGUUGUUAAUGAAAUGAAGGCACAGCACGAAAGCGAUCUCCAGUGCGCAAUGAAGUCAUUGAACGACAACCAGGCAGAAUCCGCUGCUAAGAUCAAUGAGUUGCAGGAGAAGGCUGAGAAGGCUUGCGUCCUUACAAAGCAGUUCCAAGAAACAAUUGGUCAACUCGAUGCAAAGAUCAGAGAACUUGAUGAAGAAAACAUUUCCCUUAGAAGAAAUGUUACAGCCGCAGAGAACAAAUCCCAGCUUAUGCAGGAGAAGUUAGCAAAGGAACAGAAGAGCGCCGCUGCCGCCGCAAAUGUCAAGAUGUUGAACAUCGAGACGCAGCACCAGAAGGAGCUCAAGGAACUUAAACAGAAAGUCGAGCAGGAAAAGCAGAGAGCUAUCGAUUUCUUCACAUCUCAUCUCGGUGCUCUUUAUGGCAUCGUAGAUCUCGACUUCGAUGAGAAUUCCCUCACACGUCUCUUCUCAAGAAUCCAGGCUGAUCUCAACAAGCUCAAGUUCUUCCAGGAACAAGCCACAAAGCUUUAA